AUGGUAGCACACUCGACGUAUAACUUAGGAUAUCUAGUGAGAUACACGGCUUCCUUAAUCAUUUCUUCUCUCACCAAUUUCGAUACGGAGGAGGUGAUUUACUUAAUAAGAGUGAGGACUAGAAGCGACAAGUCUAUAAUUUACGCCGGCGUCUAUAAGAUAAACGGCGGAAAGAAACACGCCGCGAUUUUAGUCAGAAAUAGGCGUGGGGCUAUUAGUGAUAAGCCUACGCGCGAGGUAUUACGGAAGGAGUUUGAAAUACUAUCGGAGCAGAUUCUUCUCGAGGGUGGGCCCCUUUGGGGACGACGGAAGCGCUCUAUACCGUCCGAUAAUAACGAUAUAGUUCCCUCUCCGCUAGCUCGAAAGAUAAAACCUGAUACGCCGCCGACUACGUUGUGGGAGAAUAAACGUACCACUAGCCAGGAAUAUAUCCCGAAUAUAGAGCAAACGUUCAUAUACUCCGACUAUAAUGGAGUGAAGAGGCAUUUUAGGACAUCCUAUUUGACGGACCGGAUAUAUAAUUUCUGCGAUUUGUCCGUCCUACACGAGAUGCACUUAUAG